UAAAAAGGCGUAACUGGGAGCCUAAUAUCAGAAGUGCCGUAUGCUCCAUACAUUUUAGUCCUUCGUCCAUUUCAGAAACAAAGCGUGGACUUCGCAAGCUGGUUGAAGGAGCUAUACCAGAACUUCACCUUGAAGUUCAAGAUUGUGUGACUAUGAGUGAAAAAAUGACACUUUCUACAGACCAAGUCAAUGUGGUGCCUUCUACGAGCCAAACUACGGGUGAUGAGGAUCAAGAUUGUGUGGCUAUGAGUGAGAAUCCUUCUACCAGUCAAACUACGGGUGAAGAGGCAAGCGCUAAUUACGACUGCACUCUUAACCCCGGUGACACGCCAAGAAAGCGUAAAUUAAAGCGUCGUAUCAUCUAUCUAAGUGAAAUUGCUAAACGACGGCGAUUACGUUGCAAUGCUCUCUAUGUCCAACGAAGUCGUUUAAAAAAGAAAAUAGCGUCUUUGAAACAAAUGCUAACUCACCUUCGCGAAAAACAAUUAAUAACUCAAGAACAUAACGAUAUUCUUGAAAUAUGUAGUCCAUCUGCUGCCGAGCUUUUCAAAAGAAUGUACCAUAAAAGCAAAAAAUAUUCCCCCAGUCUUCGUGCAUUUGCACUGACUUUGCAUUUUUAUUCGCCUAAGGCAUAUGCUUAUGUACGAGAUACAUUUAAUACUUGUCUUCCCCAUCCCAGUACGAUUAGAAAAUGGUAUAGCAAUAUUAAUGCUUCUCCGGGUUUCACUGAGGAAGCUUUUAGAGUUUUACGAGAGAAAUCUCAAAAAUCGGAUAAAAAAAUUAUCUGCAGUCUCGUAUUCGACGAAAUGGCCAUAAGACAAUUAGAAGAAUACGAUGGCAAAUCUUUACAUGGUUACGUUGACUUUGGCGCAAAAGUAAGUGGUAAUGUCACUGAGCUAGCCACCCAGGCUUUAGUUUUUUUAUUGGUGGCUAUAAAUGAUAGUUGGAAAUUACCGGUAGCCUAUUUUUUUGUCAACGGAGUAACAGCCGAACAAAAAGCAAAUUUAGUAAAAAUGUGCUUAGCAAACUGUCAAGAAGCCGGCAUUGAAGUUGCUUCAGUAACAUUUGAUGGUUGCCCAUCCAACAUUGCCAUGUCAAAGCUGCUUGGAUGUCGCUUUGACCAACAUGAAAAUUUUGUAACGUCGUUUCCACAUCCUGUUACAGGCCAAAAAGUGGUAAUAUUUUUAGAUCCAUGUCACAUGGUAAAACUAAUAAGAAACACUUUACAAAGUAAAAAAGUUUUUAAAAAUGCUGACGGUGGACAAAUAAAAUGGCAAUAUUAUUUAGAUUUGAAUGCGUUUCAGGAGCAAGAAGCGUUCAAUUUUUCAAAUAAAUUAACGUCUCGCCACAUAUCAUUUGAAACUCAAAAAAUGAAAGUAAAACUGGCUGUUCAGCUUUUUAGCAACAGAGUUUCCAAGGCUUUGGAAUUUUGCGACAAAGAACUACGUCUCCAUAACUUUGAAAAUUCUGAGGCUACUGUUCAAUUUACACAAAUAAUAAAUAAUUUAUUUGACAUUUUUAAUUCUCACAAAUUCCCUGAUAUAGAUUACAAAAUGCCAAUAAAUGAAAAAAACAGACAUAAAUACUUUGCUUUUUUAGAUUCUACAUUUGAAUAUUUACAAAAUUUGGUUACAGUUGAUGAUAAAAAACUCAUAUACAGUAAAAACAAAGUAGGUUUCUUAGGAUUUUGCAUUUGCAUCGCUAGUAUGAAACAAUUAUAUUUGAGACUGGUCGACGAAGAAAAAAGCUUAAAAUUCAUUCUCAUGUCAAGACAGAAUGCUGAUGCAUUAUUCCCGUCUGACGAUGAAAUAAUAGAAGUUCAUCAGCCUGACUUAGAAAAAAGGUCAAAAAAGCGUAAGCAAGAUGUUGAUGCCGGAGAACCUAGUACAUCGCGCGUAAGUCCUGCUCCAGCGCGCUCAUCGGCCAAGAAAUCUGCGAAGCCGACCUUCAAGACAAUUCUACCGCCAGCCAAAAAACCGACUGCGUACGACCUGUUUGGAACUGACAGCGAGGACGACAGAGAGGACUGUGCCACAUCAGCUGCCUCGGAUUCACCUGAAGCUGUUGUUACAGCAACAUUGAUUAGCAAAAUUGACGCUAUUUUUGACGCAUUGAAUGCCGAUAGACCCGAUUUAAAACCAUUUUCCACAAACCUAACUAAAGAAAGUGAACAUAUGAAUUUAUUUAAGGAAAUGAAAAUGUUUUUUCAAAACAUUGAUUUUAUUGGGGCUCGCUGCACUCCUCCUUCAGUCAAUGGUUGUAUAAGAACCAUAAGGGCUGUGGAAAGGCUUUGGCAUAAUUUGCAAGAAUUUAGUAUAAAUGCACUAGCCACCCGAAGGAAGUUUUUACGUGGUAUAGAAACACGUUGCAUCCCGGGGAAUACAAAAGUUCCCACGGGAUUUCAGAUCCUAAAUCCACGCGGGCUCAUCAGGCGAAGCAUUCGUAUGCGAUCGCUUGAAAAAUGGAACGACCGGUACCGAACCGGUGAAACAGCCGGCGUCACCAAGAUAUUUUUUCCUGAUGCGGUGGCGGCCUACAGAAUUAUAGGCAAAAUGGAAGUAGACGGACUCGUCACCCAGGUGUUGACGGGGCACGGCGGAUUCUCCGAGUACUUGCAUCGCUUCAAGUGCAAGGAGAGUCCGUCUUGCGUCUGCGACCCCGGGGUGUCCGAGUCUGUUCUCCAUCUUCUGAUCGACUGUCCAGUCCAUAUGUACGAACGCAUGAAAUUGGAACAAGAAAUCAAAAUCAAACUGUCAACACGAAAUAUAGCUGAAAUCAUAUGCGAUACCAAAAAAAGAGCCACUGUUCUAAAAUAUUGCAAAAGACGACGAGAACACAACGCCCAGCGAGUGGACCCCUUGAAGCGGGUGCUUGCACCGCGGGCACCAGCGCGGGCGGGGACGAGCUUAUCGGCUCUUCUACGCGCUGCGAUCGCUGCCGCAGACCACAAAGACGCUGGACAGUCGUGGCGUUUCGAACAGCCUAACGUCCAACACGCACGAGCUCCGUCAUCGGAGACGGAGGCGCAAGCGCCCGCCUGCGCCAAGUAUGACCACCAUUUUGAUCAGCUCGGCUAUAAAAAGCCGGGCGCUAUUCCUCCCAAGCACGAGGCUCAUUCCGACGCUGAUUUUGGUGCUGUAUCGACGUGGUCUGCAACUACGUCUGAUGCCGACAUCAUGAAAAAAGAAUUUUCGAAUGAAAGACCUUUGUUGCACCAAUGUGGAUAUAGGACCUACGUGCCUACUUCAUUGGAGGAAGGUGAAACACAAAUGUCAACUAAUGAGGCAAAUAAAUCAAGAGCAGUCGCCAUCUGCUUGAGGCCUAUACUGGCCAAUGUUUUCGGAGGUCGUCUGCACACUUCUUGCGAAGUCUUAUCACGAUAA